UGUAAUUUGUUGUUUACUUUUUUGGUGUAAUCACUAAUCACAAAAUAAUUUGAGUAUAAUUCAAAAUUCAACGUUUAUUUUUUUCAUUAUAGUAUUAAAGUAUUUUACUUUUCCUAUUUAAUAUUAGUUAUUGUGUAAAUCCAAUUAUUACUUUAAAACAUCAUCUUUUAUUGUUUCAUUAAUCGUUAAAACUGAAUAAAUCAUGAAAAAUAAAUAAACUCGAUUUAGAAUAAAAAUUGUUUACUACAUUUAAAUGGACGCGUUUAUACGUUGAAUCGAUCAAUUUGGUUAAGGUUACGGCUUAAAUAUUUCAAUCAUGUCUGAUGCUUGGCAAGAAAUUCAAGCUGUGAAAAGCAAGCGGAAUUCGCUACGAGAAAAACUUCAGAAAAGAAAAAUAGAACGGCAGGUCAUUCUAAAUGAAACCCCUGAUAAAAUUGUUCAUCGGGAAUCUUUACUGCCGAGUACGAGUAAUGAAGAAAAAGAAUCAGAUUUUGAUUGGAGCAAAGUAGGUGGUGAACGUGUAUUACUUGAAAUACUUGUUGAUCUAUCAGUUAAUCUUCCAAUCACAUCUCAUCAAUUAGUGACUGUUCUUUUAAAAAAAGAGUCUACCUACAUAUCACAUUCAUCUGUUGUCAAUUUGCUAAACAAAUUUGCUGCUCAAAAUCUUAUAAGUAUAAAAAAUAUUACAAUUGAUGGCCAGCAAGGUUUGAAAAUAUUAACAGCCGAACAUGCAAAAUUACUUGCAAUGAUUAAUAGUUUAUCAUCAGAGAUUGAUUCAAACUUGCAGCUUGAAAAAUCUCGCUUGCUGAUUGAAGAUAAAAUCAAACGGCUUGAAUAUGAAGAAAUUGAUGAAUGUUUAAAAAAUCCAAAAGUACAAAAGCUGACAAUUGAUUUUAAAAAGUCUGAUGAGUCUGAUGAUGAUAUAAUGUCCCUUAUUUCAAUGCCUUCAAUUAGAGAAAAAGAAAUAAAAAAAGUUAGUGAAGAAAUAAUGGAAUUGCUUACCAAACAAACAGUCAAAGAAAAAUCUUUAUGUGAAAAAUUUCGGUCUAAAGGAGGAACACAUGUUAUGGAAUUUUGUCCACAUGGUACUCGAUCAGAUUGCAUGGAGGGGCAUGUUUGUAAAAAACUUCAUUUCAAAAAAAUUAUCCAAAUGCAUACUGAUGAAACUUUAGGUGAUUGUUCUUUUCUAAACACUUGUUUUCACAUGGAUACUUGUAAAUAUGUUCACUAUGCAGUUGAUGGUGUAACUAGUAAAGUCAAUUUAGUAAACGCUCUGAAUAGUUUUCCAUCAAAACAAGGAUUGAUUGAUGAUAAGUCUGAAUUAUUUCCAUGUCAGUGGAUUCAGUGUGAUUUGAGGUACAUGGAUUUCACAUUUUUAGGAAAAUUUGCUGUUAUUAUGGCUGAUCCUCCGUGGGAUAUUCAUAUGGAACUUCCUUAUGGCACUUUAUCUGACGAUGAAAUGCGGCGAUUAGGUAUUCCACAAUUGCAGGAUGAAGGACUUAUAUUUUUAUGGGUCACUGGACGAGCUAUGGAGCUUGGUAGAGAAUGUCUUAAAUUAUGGGGUUACGAACGAGUAGAUGAAAUAAUUUGGGUAAAAACCAACCAAUUACAAAGGAUUAUAAGGACUGGUCGAACAGGUCACUGGUUGAAUCACGGCAAAGAGCAUUGUUUGGUGGGUAAGAAAGGCAACCCUUCUAAUUUGAACUGUGGUUUGGAUUGUGACGUAAUAGUUGCGGAAGUACGAGACACUAGUCACAAGCCAGAUGAAAUAUAUGGUAUUAUAGAACGACUGUCACCUUUUACUAGAAAAAUUGAGUUAUUUGGACGAUCUCAUAAUAUUCAACCCAACUGGAUAACACUUGGAAAUCAAGUAGAAGGUAUCAGGCUAACUGAUCAAGAUCUCAUAACAAAAUUUAGAAAAGCAUACCCAUCUGGAAAUUGUUUGACAACAUUGAAGAGGAAUACAUGACUUAGAUUAUGUUGUUAUUGUUGCUAUUUUAUAUAUGUAUUGUAAUAAUUUGUAAUAAAACAAAAAUCAGUUUUUAGCUGUUUUAUUUUACUAUGA